UCGGCUCCUGAUUGGUCGGCUGGUGUCCCCUCCACAGAGUCACCUUGUCCCGGCUCCUGCUGCAGCUGCUCCGGGGACAGAGUAGUGAACUGUCCGGCCCAGAGGCACACAGGCAGCGGGAAUCUAACCUCCGACCCACCUGGAGGAAACAUGGCGGAGACAAAGCCGAGGACUUCUCCGAAGGCCGUGAAGUUCCUGUUCGGGGGCCUGGCCGGGAUGGGUGCGACAGUGUUCGUUCAGCCGUUGGAUCUGGUGAAGAACAGGAUGCAGCUCAGUGGUCAGGGAACGAAGGCCCGGGAAUAUAAAACCAGUUUCCACGCCCUCUUCUCCAUCCUGAAGAACGAGGGCGUGACGGGCAUCUACACCGGUCUGUCGGCUGGUUUGUUGCGUCAGGCGACGUAUACGACGACUCGUCUGGGAAUCUACACCAUCCUGUUUGAGAAGAUGACGGGAGCUGACGGACGACCGCCAAACUUCCUCCUCAAGGCUCUCAUCGGUAUGACAGCUGGAGCUACAGGAGCAUUUGUGGGGACACCAGCAGAGGUCGCUCUGAUCCGGAUGACUGCUGACGGACGUCUCCCUCCAGACCAGAGGAGGGGCUAUAGCAACGUUUUUAAUGCUCUCGCUCGAAUCACCAGAGAAGAAGGCAUCGCCACUCUGUGGAGGGGGUGUGUCCCCACCAUGGCUCGAGCGGUGGUGGUGAACGCAGCUCAGCUGGCGUCGUACUCUCAGUCCAAACAGGCGCUGCUCGACUCAGGGUAUUUCGGGGACAAUAUUCUGUGUCACUUUUGUGCCAGUAUGAUCAGCGGCCUCGUUACCACAGCAGCCUCCAUGCCCGUGGACAUCGUAAAGACCAGGAUUCAGAACAUGAGGAUGAUCGACGGGAAACCGGAAUACAAGAACGGUUUGGAGGUGCUGGUGCGUGUGGUGGGUAAAGAAGGGUUCUUCUCUCUGUGGAAAGGUUUCACUCCGUACUACGCUCGUCUCGGACCUCACACCGUCCUCACCUUCAUCUUCCUGGAGCAGAUGAACCGCCUCUACAAGACCCACGUCCUCGACCGCUAACGCACAGCACAGACACGAACACGCAAACACACACACACACACACACACACACACACACACACACA